GCAUUUGAAAAUCUGUUGUAGGCCCAAGUAAAUGUUAAAAAUUGCUAAUCAAAGUGGUAUCUUUUUAGGAGUUGACAAUUUGUCCUUUCUCAAUGACGACCAGCUAUUAGAGCUUUUGGAGAACUCUGAUUUGGAAGAUUUUGAUAUUGAUGAAGAAGAUGUGCCACAACUGCAAUUAGCUGUAGCUAAUGAAAUGGAAGCAGACCCACAACGGUGUCCAUCACCACUGAACUCUGACAUUCCACUACAAGUCCGGAUGGAACAAGAAAAGCUCAGACAACGGUGGAGAAUAAAACCUUGGGAAACGCCAAUUGUGGCACCCAUCAUUGAACUUCCAGUGGAGGAACUUCUAGGCCCUAGUGAAUACUUUGGACGGUACCUUACUCAAGAGCUGUUUGAGUUAAUGGCUGUAGAGUCUAAUAAGUAUAGCUUGAUGACUGCAGGAACUAUAAUGGGUAACAGAAUUGGGAAAGCAGUCCAGUUUCCAAAAGACAGUGAAAUGAUUCGGGGGGAAUCCGUCCAAAAAGUCAGAGGGGAUGAAAGUGUUUGUCUGACUAAGUGGAAAGACAACAAGACUGUGCUUAUGGCUUCAAAUAUUUAUGGGGUGGAACCAGUACACGAAGUUAAAAGGUGGGACAAAAAAGAAAAAAAAACUAUUCAAAUGUUCAUUGCCCAAACGUCGUAA